UCGAUUGGAUUGAAAAUUUAAUCUUAUCGAAGUUCUGUCCGUCGUUAUCCAGCACCAAAUCAAUCACUUUCCAUAGGACUUGGACGGCAUUUCUCGACAGCUUUAAUAAUUUAUUUCCCUGGAAAACAAUGAGCACUCAAUCGUUGUUGAAUGCCGCCAAAAACCUUUGCCGCGAUGACAACUUUGUUGAUUGCAUUAUUAACGUGGGCACCGCAACAUUCGAAUGUCAUAAAGUUAUAUUGGCCAAUGCCUCGGAGUUCUUCAAGCGAAUGUUUUUGACUGAAUUAGGGAAUUCCGCAGCGAAAGAAUUUACCCUGGAUGACACCUCACCGAUCAUAUUUAAAACAUUUCGCGAAUAUAUUUACACCUACGAUCUAAAUAUGCUGAAUUCAUGUGACAGUGAGACAAUAAUGGAUUUGUUUGUCUGCGGCAAUCGGUGGCUGGUGCCAUCCCUAAGGGAGGACUGUCUUUCCAUUCUGACUGAACGGGCGAACACCAUGAAAAUUGAGGAUCUAAUUGCUUUAUUUGAAUUGGGACAUAUCUUCGACAAUGAGUCUCUGAUCAAACAUGUUACUUUGAUCCUAUUAAGGACUCAAGUCAAACACCUAUUUUGCAGUCGAGUUCUUCGCCUGAGCACCGAUGUCUUUGCUCAUUAUAUGGCCAUAACCAAAAAAUAUAAACGAGAGAUUCUGCGCUAUAAAAUGAUUGAAAAGUACUUGCAAUUCAACGGAUUUCUAGAUAAAAUAACCACAAUGGAGAAUAAUGCUGUCGAAGCAGGCAACGAAAAUCCUAAAUAUGGCGAAAUCGAAAUAAAUAAUAAUCGCAUAGAAAGAACCAAACUAGAUGGACACAACGUGGAUGAUGAAGUGGAAAAUAAUUGCACAAAAUCUGCAUGUGAUCUUCAAGAAAAAGAAUGCCAGAAGCUACGUGAGAAAUUUUGCAAUGAUAUAUUUGGUCAAAUCAAUUUUUCAAUAAUGUCUGGCGAGGAGUUCUACGAUGGACCCGGCAAAUCCAAAUUUCUAACAUUAGAGGAUAAAUAUGAAAUAUUAUACAAAAUCCAAUGUGGUCGCAUUCGUCGCAUGAACCAUCUAUUAAAUCAGUAUCGGGCAAGAUUACUUAUUUUUAUCGGUGAAAGGAGAUAUUGAAACUUGAAAGAAAUAACAAAAUCCACAUACUUUUUGUUGUUGAUGAAGUCUACAAUAGUAUAAUGCUUUACAAAUACAAAAAUAAAACGAAAACUUAACUUUAACUUUUCGAAAUGCUGAAAUAAAACGACAAGUUUUGACAUUU